CAGACGCUGAAGACCGAGGCGUCGCAGCGUGAGGCCCGACUUCGCCUGCAAGUGGAGGAGUUAGAAGCGGCGGUCAAGGCGCUGCUUCAGUCGCAGUCGCGGGAGCGCCGCCUGCUGGAGAGGAAGAUCAAGAAGAUGGAGUGUGAACAGAAGCCGUCGCGACUUCGUGCCAAGAGGACUGCAGCGCGCCUGCACCACCUCCAGGAAAGGAGCGUCAAAGUGGAACAGAAACCGCACAUUCCGGGAGAAAACAAGCCUCAGUUGCAGAAGCCGCCAGCUCGAGCCAGUGCCGCUCUGAAGCGUCGCAAGGCUGCGCCUCCCUUGUCGGACUCGGCCGAGGUGACGCAGCUGAAACGCAAGGUGGACGAGCUGCAGAAAUGCAUCGCGCAGCUGCGGGAGACGACACAGGUCGGCACGGCGCGGCCAGGACACCCGGCAGCCACCAGACCACACCGGCUGCUGCAGGGCAAGAUGAGUGGCCUGCCGACAUUGAGGGAGGGCGAGCGCUACGACUCGCUGGAGGACCCCGUCACCGCCGUCACCGAGCAUGGCUCGGACGUCUCUGACAUCAAGCCGUCGGACCUGGCCGAGCUGAGCCGGCAGGAGCUGCAGCGGCUGUGCUGCCAGCUGCAGAGGGCGCACCAGCAGCUGCGCCAGGCGCACGACCUGCUGGUGGCGCAGGCCCGGGAGUCGAGCCGUACCGGCCGCACCAGGUCACGCGUCGAGAACGAGCUGCUCGCAUCGCAGGAGCAGCCUGAGCUCGAGGCACGAGAUGGUGACGGACAGGCAGACGGCGACGCCCGUCAGUGGGCCAGUCACUCAGCCUUGGACUCGCUGGUGCGUGACCUGGAGGCGGCGCUGGCCAGCAAGGGCGUCGACCCGUCGUCGCUGCAGGAGAAGAGCCUCCUGACGGCGCAGAACCUGUGCCUGACCCAGCAGCUGCGCCGGAGCCGGGCGCGCGAGCUCAGGGCUGAGAACGAACUGCAGGAGCUGCGCGACGCCAACGAGCUCAUGGAGUUUCGAAUCCUGGAGCUGGAGGGCUGCCAAGAGAAGCCCAGCGAUCCGGUGGCGACGGCCGCGGCGCCCGCGCUGUCCCGGUUAGAGACGGCGCCAUCAGCAGACACCGACGCCGACGACAGCCAGACGCUGGAGGCGGCCGGCGAGGACCGACGACGUGGCCCGACGCCGGCCGCCAUUGAGCCGCCACAGCGGCAGCAGCCGGACAGUCUCGGCGAGGAGCGGCACCAGUGGCAGCAGAAGAUCGCCGAGCUUCAGUGCACCGUGCUGCGGCUGGAGGCGGCCUUGGAGGAGGCCAACGCUCAGCAGGCGGUGCCACCCACGCUCGAGCCCGAGGCCCACGCGUCACCGGCGCCGGCGGCGCUCACCAGCGGCCAUCAGCGGCAGCCGUCCGGCAACUCCGAGUCUGAGCUUUCCGACUACCACAGCGACUCCAACGACGGCCGGCCGGCUCGGCGCUCUCUGCUGCCGGGCGUGUGUACCUGCGGCCGGCCGGCGCCCGCCCAGCGGCCGCUCGCCUCGCCCGAACAGCAGCCGCUCCAGGAGAGCGGCAUCUUCGACGUCGACUGCGACGAGAAGGCGGUGCAGACGGAGGUGCAGGAGAGCGAUGUGUCGAUGCGCGAGCUAAUCGACCUGAGCAGCGAGAUAGCGCGCCUCACCAGCGUUCAGGAGCAGCUGGAGAAGUCGCCACUGCCGAUCGCCUCCCGGAUCCGGCACCACGACACAGAGCGGGCCGAGGAGGUGGCCGAGACAGUGACGCCGACCGAGCGGCUGGAGCAGGCGCCGGCCGCGCGCACGGCGCUGAUCUGCGCUGAGGCUCAGACGGACUACUCCCACGACCAGCUGCUCUGCGAUUACAAGGACAUGUGCGAUAGGUACGAGAAGGUGAAGAAGACCAAGGAGGCGGUGGAGGACGAGAAGAAUGAACUGGAGGAGGCAGAGAACGAUGCCAGACUUAUGGUGCAGAGGCUAGAAAUGAAGAUAUUCGCAUCCACCGAGGUGGAGAAGAUGCUAAGCCUUGACCUGGCGGAGGAGCAGGAGCGGUGUCGCCAGCUGCAGCGCCAGCUGAACAGUGUCAAGCUGAAGCAUCAGGCCGACCUGAAGGCGCGUCAGGCGGACCUUGGCCGGCAGCGGGCGGCGCACACCACCGAGCGCAUCCAGCAGCUGGAAACGCAGGUGCAGGAGCUGACGGCACGUCUGCAGGAGGCGAAACAGCGGCCGGAGAGCGGCGCCAGCGUGCAGCCGGCCGAGACGGCGGCGGCGGCGGCGCCCGCCGGAGCCUGGGAGCUGUGGCGAGCCGGCGAGGCGUCCAGCUCUGACACGCUGUCGUCGGCAGAGCCGUGCGGCGCCAGCAGCGCCUCGUCCCUGCCGCUGACCAGUCCGGUCGCCGCCGCCAACACCGACUCACUCACCAAACACCUGGACCAGGCGUGGAGCUUCAACGACAGCGGCGUGGGCGAGGACCUGUCGCGCCUGUCGGCCGUUAGCGGCGACACGGCGCGGGUGGCGCCACCUGCCUCCAGGCCGGCCAAGAGGCCGCGCACGGAGGCUGCCGCCGAGGACGCCGAUGCAGCCAGCGUGGCCACCGACACGACGGUGUGCGCUGAGUGUACCAAGCGACUGGCGCAGGCGGGGGCCUCCGCAGCGGCAAACAACUCGCUCGAUUCCAACGUGUCGGAAAGGGAGAGUUACUACUCCGAAUGUAUCCAAGAGCUGGAGACGCAGAAGUCAGAGCUCAGGAAGCGAUGGGAUGACGAAAAGUCCAGCAUGCUAAAGGAGGUCGAAGAUUCGUGUCAGAAAAGCUGUGAACUGAAGCAGAAGCUUGAUGAAAUCCAGCGAGAAGGUGAGGCUGCUAAGGAGACGCUCACCAAGAAGGUGGCCCAGCUGAAGCUGGAACUGAAGCAGCAGGCCAAAAACUCGGAGAUCGAUCGUGAAGAGCUGAUAAAGUCCAACGCCAUGAAGUCCCAGUCUCUCCAGGAGCAGCAGGUACUGCUGAAGCGUCGCAUGCGCGCCGCCGAGGACGUGCUGAACGCACUGAAGGUGGAGUUCGACCUGUGUCAGCUGGACUCGGGCCGCGACUCGCCCGACCCCGGCUACGCGCUCGUUUUGGAGCGGGUGCGGACACUGCACCAGAGCCAGAAACACCUGGCCAACCAGGUGCACGAGCUGGAGAAAAAGGAAGGUGCUUAUCGGGAAACGCUCCAGGAGGCUGAUAAGAUCAUGCAUACCGUGGAGGUCCGGUAUCAGAAGAAGAUCGAGGAGCUGGAAGAUCAGCUGAGAGAAGACAAGAACAAAAUCACGCUGAUGGAGGAGACCGAGUCAAAACUGAAACAGGCUCUGAAGAGCAUGACCAAUGGCAAGCAUGACAAGGAUAGAGUUACCGAUCUGCUGGAUAAACUAAUCGAAACCGAAAACGAGGAUCUCAAACUGAAGGAGAAGGUGUACCGGCUGGAGCGGCGCGAGCGCGAGCUGAGCAUCCGGCUGCGCGAGGAGGAGCGCACCGCCGAGGGCCUGCGCCACGAGCUGCGCGACCAGGAGGAGCUACUGCGCGAGCUGGACGGGGCCCGCCGAGAGCUGGGUGCCGCCACAGAGCAGCUGGCGGUGCUGGCGGCGCUGCGACAGCGCUCGGCCGAGCUGCAGCAGAGCGAGGAGUUUUUGCGCGGCCGGAUAGAGGAGCUGGAGCAGGCGGAGCUGGCGCUGCAGGAGACUCUGCGCAGUGUCAAGACGGCCCAGGCACACAAGGAGCGCCGCUCAGCCGAGCAGGUGAGCGCGCUGCAGCAGGACCUGGAGACGCUGCAGGCCACCGUGCAGGAGCUGCAGCAGCAGGCGACCGAGGACGGCGAGGAGCGCAGUCGACUGCGGCGCCAGCUGCAGGACGUGCACCGCGAUCUCGAGACCACUAACGGCACGGCCACCGAGACCGAGGCCCAGCUCCGCAACGAGGUUUGUAAGCUCAGAAAUCAGCUGUCUCUGGUGAACAGUCAGCUAAACGACAACGACUCGUACUCCUGUCAGCUCCGCGAUCAGCUGGAGAAGGCCCAGAGUGAGAACAGCGAGCUGCGCUCGGCGCUGGACGGCCAGAAGAGUCGGACCGAACAGGACAUCAUACAGCUGAACCUGGAGAUCAGCCGCCGCGAGGAGGAGAUCGGCGCGCUCUCCGAACAGCUGGCCGAGCUGGACAAGGGCCAGCUGGCUGGCGAGCUGGACCUGCUGGCCGAUCAGGAGGGAGCGCUGGUCAAGCUGCUCUCGCUGGCCAAACAGAGCAACGACAAAAUACAGUCUUGCGACACGUGCGCCGGCGAGGUGGACGGGGCUCUGCGCGCCGUCAUCCAGCAGCUGGAGCAGCUCACCCUUCUGCUGAGCGGCAGCCACUCGGAGCAGUCGCUGCAGUCGCAGCUGCGCGACGCAGAGAGCCUGGCGGCAGCGGCGCAGCCCGAGCCGCCGCCGACCGCCGUCAGUGUGGCUGUGCAGGCGGACGGCGCAGCGACCGACGCCGCCCAGCUGGCCGGUCGCAUGUCGGCGGCGGCGCUGGUGCGGGGCCUGCGCGAGCACACGGCCGCCGACGCCGACCGCCAGGACUUCGACCGCGAGAUGGUGUGCCAGAUCCUGCAGCAGAUCGUCACGGUGAUGCGCGAGCGGGUGCUGCGGAGCAGGUCGAGCCAGAACGCGUCGCCCGACCAGACGGCGUCCGGCUCGCGCAUCCCGCGGCUCGUGCCCAGAAGUCGCGAGAACACGCCGCCCUGCUCCCCACACAAGAUUAUCCGGGCCGUGGGUGGCGACAGUCUUCUGCUCUACUGGAGUCCCUCGGACGAUCCCCGCAUCUCCGGAUACGAGGUAGCGGUCGCCACGCUGCUGCCGUACCGGUCGGACCCGGCCGCCGUUGCGAUAUUCGUCAACAACCGGCUGCAGCAGCUGAUCCGGAACCCGCAGCGCACGAAGCCGUGA